AUGCCAAAAAUGCGUUUAGACUUCUUAAAAAAUGUCUCCCAGCGACUAGCAACAGGGAGGUCGAUGCCUCUUCAUCAAGUGGAGGCGGCCCUACUGUACGGCAAACCCGCUCAGCGUGCAAAAAUUGUGCAGAAAAUCCUCCCUAAUGUUUAUGCAUUGAGUCUUAACAAAUCAACGCACUACCUACUGAACACACUGCUGGACAAAUGUGAUGGUUUGAUACGAGUGCAAGUGCUCUACCAGUUGAGGCGGAAGCUCGUAGACCUUAGCCGGUCCAAUGUAGGGAAUAUUAUCGUUAGGGAAAUGUUGGAAAAACUUCCUGCAAAGCAAAAAAAAGAAAUUGCUGAGGUAUUUGUUCUCAAUGCUGAGGAAGACGAGUUCAAAAGACUCUGCACCCACCGAAUCGGGAAUUAUGUUGCUCAAAAGAUUAUUGAAUACCCUUCCUCCUGCGAAGUGGUUGAGGAACGUUUCCUCCCUUACCUUGGCCAGCUUGCGCUUCACGAGUUUGGGCAACGUGUCGUAGCCAAAUACGUUGGGGUCACCAGCGACGGUUGGAAACAGGUAUGUAAAGCGCUCUUCGGUCUUGACGAUGACGUCACCUUGAAGAAAGGUAAAACAGGGGAUGACACACUUCAAGAGCGAAUUAGUCAAGUUAUUAAAACCACUAACGAUAAUAUGACGCUCUCGGCGCUACUCAAGCAUCCCCUUGUUCCUUCGAGGGUGAAGGACGCCCUGUGUGCCCACCUCUCUGAAUAUGCUGGUGAAUACCUAAACCCACAAAGUGUUUGUACCGGAGCCCAAAAAGGGGAGAAAGUGGCAGAGGAUGACGAAUUCGCAGCACCCGAGUUUGGAGAUCUUCCCCUUACAAAGGCUUCUCGUGGACAUGACCAGGGGUCACCGAGACACCUGCAUCUUUACGUAACUGUAUUUGAGUACGGCGACUUUGCCCAGCGGAAGGAACUAUGGGACUGUAUCGUGGCUGCACCGGGUCUUGUAGACCAUAUUGUUUCGCAUAAGUUUGUAAUUAACGUAGCUGUUGCUGCCUUUAAGUCCUACCCAGAAAGUCAAGAUGCAUUGUGGAAUGCCUUGGUGGGAAAUGAGGGGCGUGACGUCGUUGAAGUUUCGCAGGAUCCAGUAGGAACGAUGCUCCUUCGUGCUGCUAUGGAGGUCGAUAAUAAGCGAUUUACCGCUGCGCAUCGACGUCACUUGGCAGAGUCGACACUGACACUCUCACAGGACCCUGUUUCGUCACCUGUGAUACAGAAAUUGUUGGAAUGCUCCCGCAGUGAUGAAGCUGUUACUUUCCUUAUCUUCGAAUCUAUUAAGGGGGAGGUACAGAAACUUGUGCUGCACUCGUCAGCAUCCUACGUUAUUCAAGUUAUGCUACAACACGGAUCCCUGAAACUGAGAGGAAUGCUUGUGGAAGAGUUGAUAGGCGCUUUCUUGGAUAUGCGCAAUGUCUUGUCAUAUGCUCAAGGGUCUCGUGUAAUGCAGAAACUCCUUGCGUACGCCUCCGACGAAGUGGUUGCUCGUGUUGCUGGUGACUUCAUAGCCGCAUCUCAGGCUGAAGGUAACAAAAAGGGCGAUGAAGCACGGGGAGAUGGACGAGAUGAGACGGGGGAAGAACAGGAUGUGGGGGUUGGGGGAAGGAGGUUAAGCCGCAAAAAAAUAAGGGAGAUGAACAGAAAUAAGCAUUAUGGUGUUGAUUCCCACGCUUUGGUUUCCUACUCACUUCACAGCCAUGCCUGUUAUGUCGUCCAAGCUCUUCUACGUGAAUGCACGUCGCGUGGUUUAGAUACGCAACGCAAGCAUCUUAUGAAUGAGUUGAAGCCGUUUGUCUUUGAGUUAUCAAUUUCUCCGUGGGCAGGGCGCAUCGUGCUCGAAACGAUGCAGCAAUGCGGAAGCGCUCAGCUGAAGGAAGCAAUGAGCAAUGUUGUUUUCCUUAAGGUGGAGACUUGGCUCACAGGCGCUGGGGAGAAGGAAAAGGGACAAGGAACAGGACUGAACCCAACGCUGCGGCAGACGUUACGUCGCACAAGGAAGGAAGACCGCAAUGGAAGUGAAAGCACGCAUGAGUCACCAGCCCGCAAGAGGCCUUUCAAAACGGCCGAAUGA